CGGUCGGAACAACAAAGAUGGCGGCAGGACUCGGUGUAGCUGGACGUGAUAAGAAUUGUCAAAGAUUCAACAGAUGAACUAAAGAAGAGAAAACAGGACAGCACUGCAGAAAAAGCCUCCACUGCGGUGCAACUACUCCACACAUUACUACACCUGCGCCGAUAAAUCGCCAGCCAACAUGCCGUCUCCUAAAGCUAAGAACCCCGGACGUAGCGGAGGGAGCCCGGUGCUCGGGAGCUCCAACGGCCGCUACGAGUUCAUGUCCCUGACGAAGCCGCUGAACCGGUCCUCCCCGCCGCACCUCCUCCAGCGGCAGGGCUCCGAUCCCACCACCGCCAGGCUCCGAGCCUCGGAGAGCCCGACACGUCGCCGCGGCUCCAGCUCCUCCACGGGCUCCGCCAGCGGCCAGGGUCCACCUGAGGAGGAUGGCAUCCGGCUCAAUCCCUCCCUCCUCCGCGUGGCACUGAGCUCUCUGCUCGCCAUCGACCUGUGGCUGUCCAAGCGUCUGGGGGUGUGCGCCUGUGAGGACUCGUCCUGGGGAAGUGUGCGCCCGCUCAUGAAGCUCAUUGAGAUAUCGGGACAUGGCAUCCCCUGGCUGGCUGGUACCGCCUACUGCCUGUACAAGAGCGACAGCGCUGCGGGACAAGAAGUCAUGCUCAACCUGCUUAUGGGCCUGCUGCUGGACCUGAUCCUGGUUGGCAUUGUGAAGGCGGUGGUGCGUCGACGUCGCCCAGCACACAACCGCAUGGACAUGUUUGCCACCUUUUCCGUGGACCGCUACUCCUUUCCCUCGGGCCACGCCACCCGUGCAGCCAUGUGCGGGCGGUUCCUGCUGGCUCACCUGGUCCUGGCUGCCCCGCUGAGGGUCCUCGUGCUGCUGUGGGUGGGCUUGGUGGGGUUGAGCCGGGUGCUGCUUGGCAGGCACAAUGUGACUGAUGUGCUGUUUGGCUUCUGGAUGGGCUACUGCCAGUAUAACCUGGUGGAGAUGCUGUGGCUGUCACCUCAAACCCUGCAAAGGCUGCUGGGAGAAUUAGCCUGAAGACUAAUGGUGGAGAAGUGGUGAUUUAUUGUACGAUUGUAUGAAAUCCUGCACACAUUUUACAUUUUUUGACAGAAUGCUGUUGCACUUGUUCUCUAAUUGAGAAGAGACCUGAAAUCACAGGCCUCUUCCGCUGUUAUCUUUCAUUUUAGUCUGGCUCCAAUCCCGCCUCACUGAGGGCACAGCAGGCCUGACUUUUAAUAACCCAUGUGUGAUUUUAAGUGGAACAAAUGAAAGGGGAACACAUGUUUCCCGUUUACAGCCGUAAAGUAUGGAGCCAGUUCAAUUCCAGCUUCAGCUGUUGUUCGGAUGCAGAACCUCAUUUUAACAAAAUUUUCAGCUUCUCAGCAAAUGUUAAGUUCAUGCCUGAGCUUUUCACAGGGAAAUAUGUCUAAUCACUUAAUAUUGUUUUAUGUGAAAAAUUGUAGGACAAACAAUAAUAAUAAAUGUAAAUAUAUUUAAGUUUUAAUCUAGAACUUAAAAAAAUACUGUAGAAAAAUACAGAAGCAAAUGGCUGUCUUCCAUAGAAGUGAAUUAAAAUUAGUCUUCUAAAUGAAAAAUCAUCAUUCCUAUAUUUUGUUUUGUUUUUAAUUUGUUUUAGACUCAAACUGAUUUUAAUUUCUUGCUCAAAGUAAACAGUGGCGACAGUCGAUUGUUGUAUGAAUACUUUGCCCUUUUACAUGUUUUUAUUUCUGUUAGAUUAACCAUAAGAAGUUCCUCAAAUGAUAAUCUACUGCUCAAUCUAUUGCCCAAAAACUUUGCUGGAAGUGCUCAUGUCAGUUUUAUGUUGUGACUUUUUCAUUUGGUGUUGUCCACUGGUUGACUGAGUGGGAACAAACCUUCCUCCCCUCACAGCACUAUAAACUGCUGAAAUGUACUUGAGCUUGUUUGACCAAUUGAUUCUCAGUGUGUGGGAAAAGAAAUAUGAGUAGCGUCACUGUGCUGUGUAUAAUCCUGUGGCAUUGUUGAAAGGUGCACUGGGCCAUUAACAUUGCAAAACAAAUACUGCCUGCAGGUGCUUCUAAAAAAAAAAUCAGAAUACAGUAGAAAAGUUCAUUUUAACCUUCAUUUAAAUGCUAUUUAAAUUUCUAAAUAUUUUGGACAUUUUACAAACAUUUCCACCAUUUUUUUUAAAUUUUUUCACAAUUCUGCAUAGCAAUUCCCAAAAAUAAAAUAUACAGUAGUUCAAAUUCAUUGAACAUUUCCUCAUAUCCGAUGGUUCUCUUUAACUUGAGUCCAUAUUUAUCUUAAAAUGUAAAACUUGUUAAUGUCACAAGCGUAGAAACAGCUGAUGGAACAUAACUUUUCUGUUGAAGUCUGUUUUUUGAGAUGCACUUAUAUUUCAAGAUGUUUUCCACCACUGUGUUGUUGAUAAUGGACCGCUGUCUUUAUAUGUAGUACAUGACUAACGAUGACUAAAGAUAGCGUCUAUUAAAUCAUGUGAAGUGUGCUGAGACUAUCAGGGCACUGGCCUCCCUUCAGAGGCAUCGCAGAGCCCCAAAAGGGGUACAGUAACAAACAGUCAUUGUAAUGCAAUUUCUCUUUUUCUUUCUCACUUUUUAAUGAAGUUAUGUAAAGAAGUGCAUUGUGGGCAAAGCUAUUAAAUUAUAAUUAAAACACAUUUUCAUUCCUCAAUUUGAUAUAAGUGUAAAUUGUAAUGAGAUAUAAUAAUAUAUGCUAAUGUUAUUCUGUAAGCUUUAGGGCAAAACCAUAAGAAGAAUUGUGCUUUUUACUGCCUGUUGACCUAAAAACAUGUUAACAUUUACAGCAUGUGUUAUUUGUUUGGUUCAAGCUCUUUUACAUCCUUUGUAAGAACCUCUGGUUUUAGAAGAAAACUUGAUCAUUUCCAGAAGACAAAGUCAAGUCCUCAUCUGGAAUUUCCUGUUGUGCAAUAAGAAGAAAGUCUUAUUAAAAACACUGGCACACUUUAUGUUCUUUGUUUUAAAACAGUGCUGCAUAUUGAUUCAGUCAUUUGGUAAUAUAUACUGACCAUUGCUGUGAAGUGUUUAAAAAAAGGCUCAUGUUUGAGUUCGUUUGUUAGUAAUUGAGCCCUAUUUUUUGAUAAAUGGGAGAUAGUGUGAUGCAUGAAUCAAUGUUUUCAAUCAAUGUUAAACACAGUGGCAAAUAAGUGGAGCCGAAACCAGAGAAAACUUGAGCUCUCAUCUAUUAGAACUGAUCUGGUUUACACAAUGCUCAUGGAAUAUGAUUCACUGUGAGUUUUCACUGAACACAAUGUUUACCAAUGUUUUUCAUUUCCUUAUGUAACCCUAAACUUUCCAUUGCACUACAGGGUCACAUUUAUAUCAAACUUCAGACUAGAGAGGUCUUAUUUCUCAUUGCACACAUCAUUCUGACAUUUAAAGAGUCUUUUGGUGGUGUUCCACUAAUCUCAACAUUCGAUAGGUACAAGUUUGUCGUGAGGAACAAGGAGAACCGAACUUAAGUAGGUCAGGAAGGGCGGAUCUCCAUGAGCACUUGGCACAUUUUAUAAUUGGACCUCAGUAUUUUCGCUGAUGGAGUCGGACCAGUUAUGCAUGACGCGAAUUAGUGGGAAGCAUGAAAACCUGCCGUGACCCCUCGAUAAGAUCUGAGCCUGACGAGGUCUGUCAUCAAGCAUUGUGUGCCUCAGCUCAAAUAAAGCAAUGUUUUACCCAACAGGCAAGGUCGAGGACAUUAAACCACAAGUUGUCACCCUGUUGAAAAGUAACCCGAUAUCAGAAGCCAGUGCAUGGUUACCUUACGCAAUACGUGACACAAAUGAAGUAAACAUAAAAGACUGAUGCAAGCAGGGUAAAAUAUACCCCCCUCCACCACCACUGCAUUGGACAUUUUAUAAGAAAUUUGUUUUCGUUUUUUGUUUUGUUUUGUUUUUUUGCAUAUUGAAUGUGUAAGAACAUGACGUGCAUGGUUUCUCCUCAAACUUCGCCAGAUGUGACGCACUGCCUUCAAUUAAAAUGUUUUAUUUUGUGAAGAUUCACAGGUUUUUACACAGUUAAUAUGUGAUGAAGAAAGGACUACCGUUUAAUCCCUGACUCUCAGUGUUUUGUUGCAUAAAACCGUCUGUCAUCAGUUGGUGCUUCGUUAUGUGCAGGUCACAGUGCAUUAAUUACGUAAUAACAAGAAAAGCAAUAAGUUUCAUUUUUGUCAGUUAAUUUGAUAUGCGUAACAUAAACUGAGAUGUUUGAAGCUUCAAAUUUCCAUUGUACUAAGUCGCCUGUGGUUAAAGGAAAGUAAUGUUUUCAGAUGGUAUCUUAUUUUUCCUGAUAAGCUGUGAUUAUAGAACAAAAAAAUACUUAAAACACUUUUGAUAAGUCUAAACUAUUUGGAAGUUUCUCAUUCUGACUAUUAUAUUUUUCAGGAGAAUUACCGUUCACCUGUUGUAGUUUUGUUCUGGUGAGAUAUUUUUACACUUUUAACCACUUUAUCUUCAUGCGACGACAAGUUUGCUUCUGGACGCACAUGUUUAUUCUGUAUUCCACAUCCGGCUCACAUACCAGGGGCUUCAAUGCUUUAAUACAAGAUCCAAAAUUCAAGCUAAUAAUCUGAAGUUGCACAGCAUUGUAACUUGGAUAUUUUAGAUUACCAAGGUCAGAAGCAUGCAAGCUUCCGUGAAGGGCAGGAUUAACUUUGUUCCCUCUCUCCUCCCUUAUUCAUUCCAAACCUGGAGAGCAAAAGUGAUUUUCAACUCACUUUUUCUAAACGAAACUGAAGUCGUUUGUUUUUUGUUAAUGUCCCUUUGAGCUGACCUGAAUAUAUAUUUUUCCUACAAAUGACAGGGACUUGAGGAGGUAUUUAAGAGAUUACGAUUGGCAAAAUAGGUGUGCUGGAUGUGAUAUUGCGCCUGGUCUCUUCAUUCCUCACAUGGAAAGCAGUUCUGGUUCUUGCUGCAUGGGGCUGCUUUUGUGUUUGUGUCCUUGGCUGCUCUCUGAGAAGAAACCAGACACCUGAAUAUGUUACACAACAGCCUCACUUGACACGCCCACACCUCAGCCUCUCCACAAACUUAAAUGAUUUUAAUGACAGGGUUCUCAUUGUUAAUCAGUGUCGAGGUUUUUCGUCACUCAUGAAAAUAUUUGUUUGAAAUUUUGUUGUUUUUUUGACAAAUGAUUGUUUUUCUUCCUCUACUGUAUACCUGGGAGACAUGUGACUGGUGAGCUGCUUGAUGCAGCUUAUGCAAGGUGGUGUCAGCUUGUUCACGAACUUAAGUAAUAUUAUUAUUGAACCCCUCUUGGAUCUCAUGUAAACUGUACCCUCUUUUUACAAGGUGCAUGCAAGAUGUCUAUUUCAAUGUUUCUUUCCAAAAAUCAUGCCUUUCUGCCAAAAGUUCAGGGUUCAGUGACCAUACUUAUGUUCUCUCUAUGAUUUGUUCAAUCUGUCACUAAUAGUAAAACCUUAACUUGGGGUUAAAAUGCUCCAGUCACCACAUACCUUACAUAUUUGCUGUGAAACUUCUUCAUGGAGACGAUACACAAUGUUUCUUUAACUCUAAAGUUUGUCAGCUGUUGUCAUGUCUUCUUGCUUAUUGCCAAAAACGAAGCCAGCUUCUACGUCCCUCUACACACCUUUGCCUGCUGAAUAUUAUAUCUUCCAUCUGUUGUACAGACGUCAAUCUAAUGAGUGCAUAUGUUUGUAUAUGUGGUUGCGUGUUUGCAUUGUCAGCUUCACUGGAUUUUCAUGUGCUGUUUGAUAUAUUUGACCGGAUGGUUUAUGAUUAAAAAGGGAACAAAUGUGA